GCCCCAUUUUUCAGCCUAAUGGUACAACCGUACAAGUCUAUAAUCCCACCACUUCGCAACAAUUUCACUCUCUCUUCGAUCGACAUCUUCCAUAGCUCAAAAUAGUUCUUUCAAUGAAGCGUGCGUCAUACCGUCAUUGAUUUCGUAAUUGUAUCGAUUUCUGUUUGUUAACAUUUUGCGUUUCACCUAAUUUCCUGCCUUUGUGUUGAAAUUGGAAAUUUUCGCGUAUCUCACCUGGUGGAUGUAUGGUUUGGGCCUGAAAUUUCAAUGUCGAUUGGUAGAAUCCUAGAAUGUGUUGUGUUUUGAUCAGGAUGACGUUGGAUUUGGUCUAGAAUUUUAUCCUUGUUGCUACCCAAAUCUGCCUUUCAACUUACUGGAUUGUCCUCUGUUUUCAUUUUUCUCCCCUCAAUAUUCCUGGUUCUCACCAGUACUGCUUGCUUGUUUAGCACAGUAUUCUCCAUCAUAGACUUGGAUUUCUAACAACAGUCCUCUUGUUAAAUAUUUCUGUAUCAAGAUGUGUCAGCGGAUGAACCUGUUUGUAGUUUAUGAUUAAUGCCCUUUAUUCAGAAACUAUAGCGAUUUUCUGAUGGCAUACCGAAGAUGGAAAACUGCUCCGUUUCCUAGUGCUGAUGGUGGUGCUGAGGAAUCUUGUCCUCUCAGUCCUCGGGUGACAAAUGACUCCCUUGAGACGGAAAUGGGUGUAGAGGAUGAAGAUUUUGUAGAAGAAUACCGUACAGUCUCUUUUGAUGUAGUUUCCGGGAAUGAUGAAAAUGAAAUAACAGAGGAAUAUGAUGAAGAGGAUGUAGCUGAUAUUGGAACACAUGAUGGAGAAGAUGUUUUAAAGGAUGUAGAGUACACAGCUGCUCAUAGGAUAAAUGAAAACACAAUAGCAAAUGAAGGGGAUGGAGAGUAUGUAGGUUACUAUGAAAUAGAUGACAGAGGAAAUGCUUUGAAGGAAGUAACUAAUGGUGAGUACAUAGCUGAAAUGGCAACAGGUGAUGGAGAAGAUAUUCUAAAGGAAGAAGGCAAGUUAGCAUGUAUAAUUGGGGAACCAGAACAUGAACAAAGUACAAAAAACAAUGAAGAGGAUGCUGAAGGUAAUGAGGAAGCUAAUCAUGAGGAUGAGCUAAAGGAAGAACACCUUGCAAAUGAGGAAAAUGAAGGAGAGGCUUUAUGUAUGGUGUCACCUGAGCAAGUGGAAAACAAUGAACACAGUACUGAAGAAAACAAUAAAGAGAAAGUAGAAAAAAGCCCUAUGCAGAGGUGUAUUAAGUCAAGAAAAAGAAAAAGAGGGAAGGGUUUGUUGAAAAGCUCCUUGAACAAAUUUUCCUCUGAAGGUAAAAAGAAGAAGAAAGUGCCCUCUAAUGCUGAGGAGGAUGCAGAAAAUGAAGGAGAUGCUCUAUGUGAGGAUGAUGGUACUAGAGAAGUUGUAAUGGAACAAGGUAAUGGUGAAGAAAAUACUGAAGAAGACAAUAAAAAGAAGGUAGAAGAAAGUUUGAAGCAGAAGCUAACUAAGUAUAGGAAAAGAAAAAGGGGGAAGAAAAAGAAACUGGAAAAAAGUGUAUUGGAAAAAGUGGCCUCUGAAGGUGGAGGGGAGAUGUGCAGAGAGGAAAUGACUUCUAAUGGUGAUAAUAAGGAGUCUUUGAAGGUUGGGUUGAAAGGUCAAGAUGGCCAUGGCUUGAAGAAAGGAGUCUCUAAAGGUGAAGCAUUAUUAGGCUCCAAGAAUGUAGCUCCACAAGGAAAAGAUGUGCCAGAGUCAUCCCACAGGAAGAGGCCUUCAAAGAAGGCUGAGAGUGCAGGGUUGAUAUUUAUGUGCAACUCGGAAACAAAGAAGGAUUGCUAUCGCUACAAUAUUCUAGGAUUGCCUGCAAACAAGAGAGAAGUGGUCGAAAAUGUUUAUAAGGGAAUGAGACUAUUUUUGUAUGAUGUUGAUUUGAAACUGAUGUAUGGGAUAUAUAAAGCUACUGGACCUGGUGGUUAUAACAUUGAACCCAAGGCUUUCAAGUCUCAGUUUCCAUCUCAGGUACGAUUUAUGGUUGUGGAUGAUUGCAAGCCAUUGGCUGAGGAGAUCUUUAAGAAGGCAAUAAAAAAGAACUAUUACACACGGAUGAAGUUUAAUUGCCAAUUGACCUCUGAACAGGUCAAGGACUUGUGCAAACUUUUCACAGCUGAUAGUCGAGGCUCCACAUCCAAAAAGUUGAGGGGACGUCUCAAAAAAGAGAGCAAGAGAGUUGUUGAGCGAGAUAGUACUGGGAAACGCGAGGUUAUUGACAAAGCUAGACGUCUCAAACCAGAGAGAAAAAGAGGCUUGAAGCAAGAUAGGAGCAGAAAAUAUGGGGUUGACAGAGACAGGAGACGAUCUCCAGUGAGGGAUCACAGGUACCAUGAGUAUUCCCAUCACUAUGAAAAGGAUAUGGUUGCACCUGCUGCAAUGGAUCACCUUCAACCUUUACCACCUGCUCCAGUGGCUCAAGGGUCUCACCUUCUAACUUUACGACCACUUGCUUCUGCUCAACCUUAUGUCUAUGAAAGACCAUUGGAAACUGAUGCUUACAGAAGAGGGCCCUUACUAGUACGAGAUGAUCCUUAUAGACGUGACAUGCUACAAGAGCCUCAGGAUAUAUUGAUAGAUCGUCGUCAUUAUUACAGACAAGAGCCCAAACCAGAGCGUCAUUAUUCUUAUGAGAUCGCAAACUAUGAUCCCCAUGCUUCAUACCUAGGACGCGGUGAAGCUGUGUACCAAAGUAUUCCCUCAGCAGGUUUGCCAGUAGAAUACUAUUCCGUAGAGCAACCAACUGCCCACCGUUCUGCAGGAGUCUCACUUCCAGAGUACCAUGCUAUUUCAAGAUCACUGCCUGAAUACCAUUCUGUUGGCUUGCGGCCCGAGUAUCAAUCUUCUGCUGGUGGCAUUCGCAGAUACCCCUAUUAAGAUUUUCUUAAUCACUGUAUUUCUUAUUCAUUUACCUUCCAACUAAUGGUUUCGUUCUCUGGGUACUGGAACAAAGCUGUUUUGAAUGGACCUCAAAAUUGUAUUCUUUAUUAAUAAACUUUUUUUUUUUUUUU